AGCCAUGGCUCACGGGCCCAGCCGCUUCGCGGCAUGUGGGAUCUUCCCGGACUGGGGCACGAACCCGUGUCCCCUGCUUCCCUACCAUCCACUAUUAACACUUUGAAUUAUUUAUUUAUCCAGUCUGUUUUCCAUUUUCAUCUGCAUGUAUAUUUAUUCACAUAUUUAAAUUGGGAUUAUAGUACAUAUCGUUUUAUGUACUCCAUUAAACUUUUAUUGUAAGAUAUCAUGAAUGCAAACAAUGCAUCAAGUUAAGCUGGGCCCCAAAGGGUGAGGAGGUAGCAGAGGGAAAAAUUUAAAGAAAAUUUAAAGAAUAACAAAGUAUGCACUCACUCAGUCACCAGCCAGGAGAAGAAGAAAUAAUAUUACGUCCCCCCCUUGCAUGCCCCUCGCGCCAUCCCUUAAGGUAGCCAAAUGCAGAAAGAAUUCAUUUUCUUAAGCUUGUUCAUAUUUUUUAUUCUUUAAAUUGCAGCAGGAGGGAAAUAUGCCUACUCCAUCCAAUCUGACACAGACACUGGAAUAUGUCUUCAAAAGGAUUUUUGUGACUUAUAUGGACAACUGGCGCAGGAACACAACAGCUGCGCAACAGGCCCUGCAAGCCAAGGUCGAUGCUGAGAACUUCUACUAUGUCAUCUUGUACCUUAUGGUUAUGAUCGGAAUGUUCUCUUUCAUCAUUGUAGCCAUCCUGGUGAGCACCGUGAAAUCCAAGAGACGAGAACACUCCAAUGACCCGUACCACCAGUACAUUGUGGAGGACUGGCAAGACAAGUACAAAAGUCAAAUUGUGAACCUGGGAGAAUCAAGGGCCACCAUCCACGAGAACACUGGUGCAGCGGGGCUCAGAAUGUCUCCUUAAUUAGCGAGAGAGGCAUACAGCCAACAUCUGAUAUGCAAAUAUGAAGAGACGCCAGUGUCAUGGAGCCAAUCCAAGUUGCCAUGCUUAGAAGACACUAAGUUCCUAGCUCUCUGUUGAGAAUUUUCAUGGAGAUCAGGUGGCUGGUCAACUAAGACAGGGGACACUGCAAUCUCAGUGAUUUAUGCUUGCUCAUUGGAGAAGUAAUUUAUGCUGAAGACCUCUCUUCCUUUCCGUGCAAUGUCAAUGUCAUUUUAAUCAAUGUCAAUAGUGAAA